AUGAUUUGUUUUGAAGAUGAAAAAGUAAACUUGGGAAGAUUCAAGAUGAGAAUAAAACAGUACACUAAAGACUGUGCUUUGAGAAUAAAGAACUUCAUGUGGGAUUGUAGUUAUGACCACAUGAUUUUCAAAAACUUUGAGCUUAAAAAUCAGCCAAUAAAACUUCAGAAGAUUAUUGAAGUGAGAUUCUAUCUCCCUGAAGUAAAUCAGACACUCAUCUGUUGUGAUGGUGCUUCUAGAGGUAAUUCUAGGGCAGCAUGUUUUGGUUUUGUGUGCAGAGGAGAGAAAGGAGAGUUUAUACAUGCAGAAUCAAGAGGUUUGGGCAUUCCAACAAACUUCAUAGCAGAAAUAAUGGCUAUUAUAGGAGCAGUUGAAUGGGCAUUGGAGAAUAACAGGUUUGAUCUUUUUAUUCAAUCUGAUUCUAAUGCAGCAAUAACAGCUUAUACAUCUGGAAAGCUACCUUGGAUAAUUCAAGCAAGAUGGUAUAGAAUAAAAGAAAUAUUCUGGAGGACUCAAUUUGUGCAUGUUAUGAGAGAAACAAAUUUAAUAGCAGAUGCUCUGUCAAAAAAAGGUACAGGACUGAGCAGGGGAGUUUGUCAGAAGUACACAACAAGACCUGGUUUUAUCUAUUCAAUGGAGAUGCCUGACAAAAUAUAUUACAGGCUCCGUUAA